AUGAAUCAUGACAACAUAGCACUAUUUGAAAGUGAAUUUUCACAAAUACACCUUAAUCAUCGUAACAAUCUUGACAAAAAAAUCUCACCAACUCGAAGGAAAAAAGUGUUAUAUCCACCACAUCUAUACCCGGCGAGACUUGACGCUGGUAGACAAAUAUCAAAAGAGUUAUCACCUGCUUCCGUGGCUAAUUUGAAUUCAAACAAAUAUGACAUGUCGAGGACUCCAGUUACGCCAAAGAGAACAACAAGUGCAACUAAUAGCGACACUCAAAACAAACUAACCAACUUGCAGAGCUCCAAAAAUCCAUUCCGGUCAGACAGAACAGUGAGUUAUCCAGUUCCAGAUAAAAUAUCUAAAAAAUCAGAUGGCCAGUUUUCAUUUAUGAGAGAGACAUCAUCAUCAUUACAAAAGAAACAAGUAUUGACUCCUGUUAACGAAAGGCGUACCACCAGUGGUAGAUCGUCAUCCGUUGGUCUGUCCUCAACGAAGAAACGCUUAGAGUAUUCUAGACAAUUAUCACAAAGAUCCAAGAGACACAUCUCCAACAGUCUAAUCAAUAAAUCAAACCACGACUUUAGUGAUUUUGAGAAUUCACACACAGGCAAGUACCGACUGAGUCUGGAAUCAUCACCCGAAGAAUAUUACCAACUAAACACUGAUGAUAUCGUCAUUGAUGAGUCACCUUCCAAACCAAGAAGACGCAUGACCCAACCUCUACCAAAGACCGAUAACGUAUUUGAUAGAUUGUAUCCUAAAUCAUUAAAGCAUCCGACUGCAAAACUGCCAACAACAAAACCGAACAAAGAAACACAAACCCUGAAAUCUAUUCCUCGACUGAAAAUAGAGUCUAUAUCACAGUUGCACCAAUCUUUAUACAUAAAAAACCCUCAACUAUUCCGUGACGAUACAUUGGAAGAACAACUUCAAGCACCUCACGAUAUCCAGGAAUCUGAUUUAGAUGGUCUCAGUAUGUACGAAAAAGGUGAACUUGCAAGGAAAAAAGAGAUUUAUUACAUAUCAAAACGGCCACUUCGGCAAAUAGCAGUGAAUUCACAGGAAAACAAUUUUGGAUUUGAUGAUAAUAAAGGUAAUUAUAUUAUCAUUCCAGAAGAUCAUAUCAAUUAUCGAUACGAAAUUAUAUCUGUUCUUGGAACAGGGUCGUUUGGGAAUGUUGUUAUGGCAAACGACCAUAAAACAAACAGACUAGUAGCAGUCAAAAUAAUAAACAAUCACAUAAAUUGGUCAUUACAACAAUCUAUCAACGAAAUCAAACUACUCAAAAACUUACAGGACAGACAAAAGACUUUACAGAAUUCAAACAUAAUAUCUAUUUUAGAUAAUUUCAAUUUUCGAAGUCAUAUGUGUAUUAUUACAGAACUAUUAUCAACGAACUUGUAUUCAAUGUUGGAGUUGACAAAUUUCCAAGGGUUUGGUUAUGAUUUACUUCGGUAUAUAACGAAACAAAUACUUACAGGAUUGCAAUUCAUACAUGAUGCUAACAUUAUUCAUUGUGAUAUUAAGCCAGAAAAUAUCAUGAUCAAACUUCCACCAUCUCCUAACCAUAAUUGGUUUCAAAUUAAAAUAAUCGAUUUUGGAUCUUCGUGUUUUGUCAAUGAAACCAGUUUCACGUAUAUUCAAUCAAGAUACUAUCGAGCCCCUGAAGUACUACUUGGUACAAGUUACGACCAAAAAAUAGACAUAUGGUCAUUAGGAUGUCUUGUCGUUGAAUUGUUUACUGGUGUACCGUUAUUACCUGGGAAAAAUGAAUAUGAUCAACUUGGACUAAUAGUGGAGUUAUUCGGAGUUCCAAAGCCACAAACAAUACUAAAAUUGAGGAAUAAAUUAACGAAAAAGACGAAUCAAGUACUGAUUGCUUCAAACGAUACAGUUGUUCCCUUGCCAUCUAUACUGGAUAAAAAUUUGAAAAGAACUUUGAUUUAUAAAAUAUUUGACCAUAAUGGGAAAAUAAAUCUUACAGCUUUAUCGCAAUAUUAUAACGAUUCUAAUGCCGCAUCAGUUAACAAAUUGUUUAAAAUCGGUUCGAAAACUUUAGAGGGUCAAAUUGGUCUUCAUAGGUUUAAUUUGAAACCUGAAGAGAAGGAAAGAUUUUUAGAAUUUUUAUUGUAUAUAUUUGUGUGGGAUCCCAGUGAAAGAAGAAACACACACGAUCUAUUAAAUACGUCUUUUUUAGAGUAG